AUGGAGGUGGAUGAUGGUACUCAGGAGAAUCACCCACCACGUUGUGUGGCCACCUUUGGGACAGCUCUGACUGCCGGUCAGCUAGAGCUAGGAACCCCUCACGGGGAUCCCCCACAGGGAGCCGCAUUUGGCGCCCAACGUUGGUGUCUCCAUUCUCCUUAUCGGCCGACCCGUUCUUCGGAAUCCCUCACGUCUGGCGCGGAGGCCCGUUUCCUUCAGUCGCUCCAAGAUGAGCUUGUUUCUCGUAAGGUCCAUGUCUCUAAGGCUGAUCUUUGCCAGUUCCUUAAUGUUGUCCACCGUGCCUCCCCGUGGUUUGCUUUCACUGCGCCUAAAAUCGCCCGCUCCACCUGGCUCACCAUAGGUAACGAUCUCACUGCCUUCUGUGAUAAGCAGAAUGACCCUGCCUUUAAGGACUGUAUUCUUAAAUACUGGCAGCUUCUUGACAGCAUCAUCACCGCUGCCCCCAUUUCUUCCUCCUGCGCCGAUAUUCUUAAAGCAGGAGAAGCGGUUCUUGCCUCAGCCUCCCGUUCUCACACCCCUGCGUCGCCCACUCCUUCUCGGGACGGUGCCUCCGCCGUCUCUCAGCCCCCUCCCUACGUUCCUCCCCCUCCUUCUGCACCCGCUGCUCCUGUUUCUUCCUCCACUUCCUCUUUCCUUCCUCUUACCCGUGCCCCGUUCCCCGAUCACCUCUCUCCCGAGGACGAGGCCACUCUGGAACAAGCUGCUGCCGCCUACGAUUCCCGCUCACAGCCAUUGCCCCCUCCCCCUGACUCUGCCGCUCCCUCCCAGCCGACUCCUUCGCAGUUUCAGUCUGCUAUGGAUAAAAUCUGUUCUUCUCUAGACCGCAUCCUCUCCCAUGUUGCCCCCCCUCCCUCACCGGCCUCUGUGCCCCUCCAAGCUUUCCCUGCUAUUCUCCACCCCACAUCCGAGCCUUCUCUGCCUGCGCCCCCGCCCUUGCCUGAUCCUCCCCAUUCCUCCCCGGCUGCUUCCUCUGCCUCCUCUCACCCUAUGGUUACUCGUUCACAGGCUGCUGCGGGGCUCCCUCCCGAUGACGGUGCCUCUAAUGACGGUGUUGGGCAUGCCCCAGGAAACGCUGGCCCCUUGCCUCCGUCACCUCCCCGUCGUCGCGGCCCUGGAGCUAUUUACCGGGAGAAUAUAGAAAUCAGGGAUUUGGACCAAGCCUCCCUUAAGGAGGUUCGCAAGGCUGUCCUUGAAUACGGAGUUCAGGCCCCCUACACCCUCUCCUGCCUUGAAAGUCUUUCCUUUGGGGGGAAUCUCUUUCCUAUCGAGUGGCGCAUAACUGUCCGCCGCUGUCUUAAGCCUGAACAAAUUAUCCUUUGGGAGGCUGAAUUCCUCAAUUACUGCAAGGAACUCGCCCGUGAUCAUGAACUUGAAUUUCUCCAGAUCUCUGGCUCUAAACCCUAUGAUACCAUUCAGGCCCAACGUCCUAUUCCUUACCAUUUGCUCAACCUUACCUCCCAGGCUGCUCUUCGCGCAUGGAAAGCUAUUCCUUCCGGGGGCCCCAACCUCCCUCUUGUCAAGAUUCAGCAAGCAGAUGAUGAGCCCUAUCAUGCCUUUAUCUCUCGCCUCCUUGAGGCUAUUGAUCGUACUACCGGCAUUACUGACACCUCUAAUCCUUUUGUCAAGCAGCUGGCUUUUGAAAAUGCCAACCCUGCUUGUCGACAGAUUCUUAAAGGGCCUUCACCCUCUCGCUCUCUUGAAGAGAUGAUUUCUCUUUGUAAAAAUGCACACUCUUUUGCAACCCAGGUUGCGGGCGCUCUAGUUGCUUUUCAAGGUCAAAACUCAGGCCACAUCUGCUAUUCUUGUGGCAGGCCUGGCCAUUUUGCAGGUCGCUGCCCUGAGCGACGCGCCCCUGACAUCCAAGCCGGCUCCACCUCUGCAAGACCCUCUCUUUGCCCCCGCUGCCGCCGCAGCCAGCACUGGAAAACCUCUUGCCGCGCCACCACUGACGUGGAAGGCAACUAUCUCAGCCCUAACCCUCUCCUUGACCGCCGCCCCAACAGAGCUCCCAUGCAGGGACCCUCGAUUCCCACACAGGGAAAAUCCCCCAGGGGCCACCCCCAGGCCCCGCGCUCCAAGCCUCGCCACAUCAAUUUUGUUCCAGCCUCGGAGGCUCAGACUGGACUUCCCUCCACCCAACACCAAGUUCUUUAUCAGCACCACCCCUCCCAAGCCCUCGUCCCUCAACCGCCACCCUCUUCCGGGCCACCCCAGGUUCCGCAGGACUUGACUUGUGUGCCUCCUCCCCCCACCUACUAG